AUGCCUACAACUCACGAAGCUCAAGUCAAACUUGAGCCGGCGUCAUUGAAGAAUCCACAAUUUGCAUCAGGACUCUUGGUGGAUCAGAAAGGGGAUAACCUUGAAGUAAUAUCAACUGAGGUCGUGGGAGAAGGCGACAGCUACUGCAUACGAAGUCAUAGCGAGAAGACAUUCAUUGUAUCAGUCACCAGCCUGGUAAUGAUUUUGUGUAUGAUAGCCACAAACGCUAUUCUCCCGAUAAUGCCCGUCCUAGCAAGUAAAUAUCAUUUGUCUCCGACGCUAAUCAGCCUGACCAUCACUGUAUUCAUGCUCAUACAGGGGAUUUCACCAGCCUUGAUGUCUGCGCUUUCUGACCUGCAAGGACGACGGCUGGCAUGGGUUCUUGCAUUGGUCUUAUAUACCGCCUCCAAUAUUGGACUCGCACUCCAGGACAGUUACACUGCGCUGAUGAUCCUUCGGUGUCUUCAGAGCAUCGGAAGUAGCUGCGCAAUCCCCUUUGGUUUUGCUGUUGUUGUCGAUAUUUCGUCACCAGCAGAAAGGGGGCGAUACCUAGGUCCAAUGCAGGGUUGUGUCAUGUCCGCUUUCGCCUUUGGCCCCGUUAUCGGUGGCCUUUUAGCGGCGCGUUUCGGUUGGAGAAGCAUAUUUUGGUUUCUUGCUACAGGCACUGGAUGUUUUCUUCUCGUGUAUGUUCUUGUGGUGCCUGAAACUGCUCGAAAGGUGGUUGGAGAUGGUUCAAUUGACCCGGGAGCAUGGUGGAGGAAGCCGUUGGUCGAUGUUUUCCCAGACCGCAGGCGUAUUUCCCCAGGCCAACACCGUCAUGAGAAAAACCAACAGAAAACGAAUAUUUCACAGAUCUUCAGGGCAUUCACGAUUUUGAAGGAAAAGGACGCCCUCAUCCUCAUCGUGUACACCAGUCUGGUCUAUUCCGGCAUUUCGGCAUUAUGGGCGACUACAGGGAAUCAUUUUGACAAAUUGUACGGCUUGAGUACCCUACAGGUCGGGCUCGCCUUUCUUCCUUAUGGGAUCGCCGGGGGCAUCGGUUCGAUAGUGAGCGGAAAGCUAAUAGAUGUUAAUUACCGGCGCAUUUCCCGACUGCGAGCCAAAAAUGAAGAAAAUCCCACAGCGGAAGCAAAGGAGACUCAAGGCGCAGAGUUCCCGUUUGAGGUUGCAAGGCUUCAAGUAGCGGCCCCGUUCAUGCUACUUGUCGCUGCUGCCUACAUUGCAUACGGUUGGGUCUUGCAGAACCAGCUGCCACUUGUUGUCCCACUUGUCUUCCAGGCCCUUAUUGGGGUGUGUGCGAAUGCCUUGCUCGGCAUCAUAUAUAUUCUUCUGGUUGAUCUCUUUCCCGAACAAUCUGCUGCAACAUCUGGGGCAGCGGACUUAGUUGGGGUUGGUCUUUUACCUGUAUCGGACUAA